UGCCCAGUAUCCUCAUUUGGCCCCUGUUGUCUUGCGCGGCGCCUGCGUUGUCGAGAAAGGUUUCUUGCUGGUUGCCUCUCGCGGCCUUAAUUGUGUAAAUUCGGCUUCCGGAGCUAGAUACUUUCUGUAAUAGCAAGAAAAGACCGGUCGGCAUCGAUUAUUGCAUAUUGCCUUAAAUUAGCUAGUGUAAGGAAAUAUGUUUGUUUAAUAUCUUAACAGCCAUACAUACAUGCAUAGCUAGCUCAUUCUAGUAAUGUAACGGUUGCUUGUUAGCCAGCUCACAGUCUAGUUAACGCCGACGUCUAAAAGCUAGCUAACGAGCUUAGCAAAUGCUAACCCUUCCUAGCUAGCGCUACGUUGCUUGCUUACUUUGGAUAUUGUUAUUUACCUGCUUGCUUAGCUAGGUCUAUGAGAAACUAUACGGAACUACCUCAUCACUAUAGUUAGGUAGCUGAGUAAUUUGGUUGGCAGGAUAUAUGUGUGGGAGUAACGUUCAUUCCCGAGUCCGGGCAAAAAGUACCCGGAAGGGACGCGCAACUGCCGCCUUUGUUGAUGUAUGAUCAAGCUAACAUUACUGUAGACAAUAGCUAAUAGUUGCAGCGAUUAGACUGUGUGGGAUCCGGCAAUCAAGCUUUCAAGUCUAAUUUGGGAUAAAUGGUUCGAAAAGAAAGCCCAGCACUGAUUUAGCUGCAUCACUAUCACCACCACAGCCAGUCUGCAUCUCCUGUCCCCACUACCUCCAUCCAGUCCCCUGUGCCUGCCUGUCUUGUCUGCUCUGAGAGAGACCGGUCUAUCUGGGCUAUACAGAGCAACGAAGAACAAACACAGCCGUCAUUGAAGCACCAGCACUGACUGGUUUUUGGCUCUAGAGACCACACCAAGGACUUAGACAGAGAGCCCAGUUGGAGGGUAACUUCCUGCGUCACUCUUAAUUAACACUAAGAGGGGAACCAACCUGAUUUUGAUCACCCUGCAUCCUGUCUUCUCUUCCAUAACAUAGGAACAGAAGGAGUUGCUACUUUAUUUUUUUUUGCUGCAGAGGUCUUUAUCCUGGUCCUGGGACACUGCGUAUUGUUUUGGUCAACACCUCUGUUCUGCCCUGCCGACAUCAGCCAACGGUGGUGUCACAAAGCAGAGGGGUCUCUGUACCCUGUUGUCACUUUGAUUUAUUCUCGCACAUUCCCCCCCCCCGGGUUGGUUUUGAGUCAUCACCGCUGUCUGCCUGCCGACAUCAGUCAUCACAAAGCAGAGGGGUCUCUUUCUGUAGGAGUCUGCAGUAGCUUUUAGGUCAUUUAUCCCCCCCCCAUUUGGUUUUGGAGCCCGGUUCUUUUACCGGCUGCUUGAACUGCUGAAACUGGGGCGCGAUUCAUGGGAUGCAACCAUGUCGGAUCUCAGUGAGCGCAGGCCAGUUAACAUGGACUACGCGGUCUCCCUGCUGGAGCAGCUCAACUUCUUCUAUGAGCAGAAGUUACUGACUGACGUGGUGCUGCUGGUGGAGGACAACGAGUUCCCAUGUCACAAGAUGGUCCUGGCCACAUGUAGCUCCUAUUUCAGGGCAAUGUUUAUGAGUGGUCUGUCUGAGAGUAAACAGACUAAUGUUCACCUGAAGAACGUGGACCCUGCCACUCUCCAGAUCAUCAUCACCUACGCCUAUACAGGCAACCUGGCUAUCAAUGACAGCACUGUGGAGCCACUCUAUGAGACCGCCUGCUUCCUACAGGUAGAGGAUGUGCUACUGCAGUGCAGGGACUACCUGGUGAAGAAGAUCCAUGCAGACAACUGUGUCCGGAUGCUGAGCAUCGGGGAUCUGUUCUCCUGUGUGGAGCUGAAGCAGAGCGCCAAGCGCAUGGUGGAACACAAGUUCCCCGUGGUCUACCGUCAGGAGGCCUUCCUACAGCUGUCCCAUGAGUUGCUGGUCGACGUGCUGUGCUCAGACAACCUCAACGUAGAGAAGGAGGAGACGGUGAGGGAGGCUGCCAUGCUGUGGCUGGAGUAUAACAUGGAGGCUAGGUCCCAGUACUUGUCCUCAGUUCUCAGCCAGAUCCGCAUCGACGCUCUCUCCGAGGUGACUCAGCGUGCCUGGUUCCAGGGCCUACCGCCUAACGACAAGUCUGUCGUAGUGCAGGGCCUCUACAAGUCCAUGCCCAAGUUCUUCAAACCCCGCCUUGGCAUGACAAAGGAGGAGAUGCUCAUCUUCAUGGAGGCCACGUCAGAGUGGCCAUCUGACAUGGGUCAGGUGAUGGCGGGCCCCAACCACACGGUGGUGUGUUACAGCCCGCAGGCCGAGAAGGUCUACAAGCUCAGCAAUCCGCCCGGCGACCUCCAGAAGGUUGGGACGCUCGUCACACCCGACAACGACGUGUUCAUUGCCGGCGGGCAAAUCCCGCUGAAGAACUCUAUCGCCAACCACGGGAAAAGCGGCGGCAAGCAACAGGCAGUGUUCCGCUCAGUGGAUAGCUUCUUCUGGUUUGACGCCCAGCAGAAUGCUUGGGUGCCUAAGACGCCCAUGCUGUGUGCCCGCAUCAAGCCCUCUCUGGUCUACUGCGAGGGUUACAUCUACGCCAUCGGGGGGGACAACGUAGGCGGGGAGCUAAAUAAACGUACCGUAGAACGCUAUGACUGUGAGAAAGACGAGUGGGCUAUGAUGAGCCCCCUCCCUUGCGCCUGGAACUGGACCACGUCCGUAGCAGCCCACGACUGUAUCUACGUGAUGACCCAUGACCUCAUGUACUGCUACUUCCCUCGCGCUGACACCUGGGUAGAGAUGGCCAUGAGGAAGACAAGUCGCUGCUUCGCCUCCGCUGCCACCUUUGGUGACCUCAUCUUCUACAUUGGGGGGCUCCACGUUGUCUCCAACUCGGGCGUCCGCAUGCCCACCAGCACCAUCGACGGUUCCUCCGUCACCGUGGAGAUCUACGACGUCGGCAAGAACGAGUGGCGCCUGGCCGCCAACAUCCCUGCCAAGCGCUACUCGGACCCGUGCGUGCGGGCCGUGGUGCUCCUUGGCGCUCUGUGCAUCUUCAUGCGGGAGACUCACAUGAACGAGCGCGCCAAGUACGCCAUCUACCAGUACGACCUGGAGCUGGACCGCUGGUACCUCAAGCAGCCCGUGUCUGAGCGCGUGCUCUGGGACCUGGGGAAGGACUUCCGCUGCGCCGUGGGGAAGCUAUACCCAUCCUGUCUGGAAGAAUCCCCGUGGAAACCACCCACCUACCUGUUUUCCCCCGACGGGGCUGAGGAGUUUGAGGUGGACGGGGAGAUGGUCUCCCUCCCUCACAUAUAGCUCUUAACCUUCCACCUCUCUGCCCCCAAACGGAGUCCCCGAAUUGCCCUCUGAACUCUGGGUGUGACGUGUCGAGGGAUUGACCUGAAAGCCAGAGGGGUAGGUUUGAUGUCUGUUCCAAAGGGAUCUGAGCGCUACAAGGCUGUUCUGCUGGCUGGCUGUUGCUGACAAACAAGCUUAUACAAAGCCUCAGACAUUGAAAAUAUAGGAGAGAAACUAAAGUAAUAUGGGAAAAGUAGAUUUGUUUUUUUUUGUCUGUUGCAACUUCAAGUCUGUUAUACUGUUUCUACAAUGUGAUAAUUGAAAGUUGACUGAUUUGUGAUGAUGCACUUACUGGCGAAAAGCUCCUUGGAAAAACUGUACCAAAAUCCUCCUGGUCUCCACCUCUUUCUAUCACCACUGUUGUAAACCCACAUCCAUCUCUCCUAGGGACACGUGGCCUGUGUCUCAGCCAUAUGGUACCCUAUUCCCUAAGUAGUGCACUAAAUAGGUAAUAGGGUGCCAUUUUGGAUGCUCCUAGUAUAGGAACAUACAGGGCCAAGUGUUGGGGGGGGGGGGGGGUUCUAGGUGGUGACUGCAGGUCCAGUCACUACCUGUUUUUUUCUUUUUCUUUACCUCUGCUACAGACACGCAACUCCCUGCCUCUCCCCUCAUUCCUCUAGUCCCCUGCUCACACUAACACCACUCAAGCCUGCCUGUCUCUUAGGCUGUGUCCCCCAAAUGGCACCUGACUCCCUACUUUUGACCAGGGCGCAAAGGGCCACCAUAGGCUUGUUAAGCUGGCACUGUGGCGCUCUUGCCAAAAGUAGCAUCCUAUAUAGGGUUCCAUUUGGGAGGCAUCCUUAGUCAAUCUCUCUGGACACAGGUCUUCCACAGAGCCAGCCAGCGGUUUACAGAACGGAGCUCACCCUAACCAACCGCCAUCUCAUCGUCGUGAUGGGAGGUUUUAUGCCGGCUCUUAUUUUAUUUUUGACAAGCGCGGGUCUCUGCAACAACACACGCCUCCUUCACGCUAUCUCAAUACUCUCAUCAACUAUAGAUUUUUGGGCUCAUGCAUUUAAAAAAAUAUAUAAUACAUUCCCCCUAAGCUGCUGAAAUAUAUAUAAAAAUAUAUAUUUUUCAUGUUUAAAAAAUAAACUUUUAGUGUGGGGGAAAACAACCAGGUUCUAUUUUGUAUUAGUAUUUUUUUUAUUUUAAAUCAGACAUUACUGUAGUGUGAUUGUGUUUAGGUAUCCACCCCCCAUCAGAUUAUUUUCUUGUGUGAAAUACUGAGGAAUCUUGCUGCUGAUUGGGUCUGGGAAGGAGGGCUGGCCCAGUGCUGUUGCUAUGGAAAUUGUCCAGGCAACCACUAGCGGUAGUGGAGAACGACUGGAGGGUGGUAUGGGAGGGAAGGAGCGGACGGAGCUGCUUCAUGGUUCCUACCUUAAACAUGAGCACAGGUGCUUCAUGACAAACCUUACUAGCAUGUUUGGCUGCAUCAUGUUCCUUUGGCACUGUAUUUUGAAUGAACGUUAAUUUAUUAAAAAACAUACCAAAACGUU